CCUUGUGGCGCUCCGUUGCGGUCUACCUACCUGCACGGUACUGCGCAUGUCCACCUACUUCCGCACCUUGGUUUUAUGUGGAGCUUUUUCCCGGUCUGCCCUUAAUAAGGAGCCGCGGCGUUCGUCACUUUCAUGGUGUAUUUGCCCUCCAUCAUCCCCAUGACGCGGGUCUUUGUCUAUGGCACCCUGAAAAAAGGGCAGCCAAACUACUUUCGUAUGUUUAACGGCACCAGCGGCACAGCUGAGUUCCUUGGCUCUGCGCUUACCAUUGAGAAGUUCCCACUAGUGAUCGCUGGCAAAUACAACGUCCCCUUCCUCCUCAACAUCCCCGGUCAGGGUCACAGAGUUCAUGGAGAGAUCUACAAAGUUGACGACGAGAUGCUGAAGUUCCUGGAUGCCUUUGAGAGUGUUCCCACCAUGUACCAGCGGACUGUGGUCCAACUAGAGGUGAAGGAGUGGGUGAGGAACAUAGAGGGAGAGGAGGUGCUGUCACCGGGAAGCAUCACAGAGGCGUUUUUGUACAGCACAACAACGUACCAGCCAGACUGGCCCUCUCUGCCUAGCUUUGACAGCUACGAUACACAUGGUGAUCAUGGUUUGAAGUACGUGGACAGAAAGGACAGAGACUGAUGAGAGCCUUAAGGCGAAUGUGAUCCAGAACGCCACUUCUUGUCAGUGGAGCAAGCUUGAUUACACCUAAAUUCACCACUGUCUCAAAUACUAAUUUUUUGAACAUUGCAUUAAUGAUGCAUAAUAUUGUCUGUUGAUGAUGAAUUAUAGUUUCUAACAUGUAACUAAAUUAUGAGAUUUCUCACUUGAUCAACUUCACACAGACUGACACAGCACAAGUAGGUGCUCCUGUGUCUUGAUUGUACAGGUUCUUAAACUAAAAUAGUACAUGGUAUAGUAUAAUUUCACACACAUUCUAGUAGUGGUGGGAUCUCAAAAAGACUACCGGGACCUUGUUAAUUUCUACUUGACUGAAAUUUAAGAAAUAGCUCUUCAUCCUUACUUCCUACUUACAGGAAACUCAGCUGCUCGGUUUGAACAAUAGAAACCUCAUCUGCUUUGUCAAACAAAGAAAUACACUUCUUGGAUCUGCACAUUAGUCACUGUACAUGAGGCACCUCACUUCAAAGGUUGAAGCUAUUUUAGGCGAAAACAUUUUUAACUCACAAUUUUAACUAUAUGCAGGAUAAAUUAAGUGAAGACUUUUUUCUUCAUUUUAUUUUUUUCAUGUGCAGUCUCAAAAUGGGAGUCUCUGCAAAUUACUAGAUGAAAAAUAAAAUCCAAAAACAUGA